CCGAUAAUUAAUUAUUAAUAUUUUAUUUAAGAAAGAAAAUUAUUUCGUUUAAAUUAAUUUAUGAAUGCAAAAUUAUUAAAUACGAAACGAUUAAUUUGAAUCGAAAAACCUAUCGACGGACAAAAUGGCGGCGGUUAGCAUACAGUUACAGAAAAUAUUAGAAUAUCCGUUGCCGCAAAGAUGUUCCGAAUUAACAAGAUUAAUCGGCGAGACGAGUUUAAAAGAUCUUCAAACUUUAUAUCCCUUGAUUAUUGAAAAUUUAUUUGGAUUUAGUACUUCAGGAACAAAUAUUCAUAAUGGUUGGGGAUUAAGUAGAAUAACAUCAUUGAACAGACAAAAAGAUUUUGAAUCAUUAAGGCACUUCUUAGGACCAGAUGGACCACUUUUAAAUUUAGCAUACAGACUACCAAUAUUUGGAGAUGGACAAUUAAAAUAUGAAUUUCCAUUUUCAUGUUUACCAGCUUCAACUCGUCAUAUGCUAGAGGAAGGUGCUAUUCCAAUGUUUUACUCAAAUAAAUUUCAUUAUCAAAAUCCUGGGAGAUUGCCUACAUCUGUGUUAUUAAGUAUCAUAAUAAUUUUUUCUAUCAAAUUUAUAAAGCAUAUUUUAGUUCAUCCAUCAGAAGCUCUCUACUCUUGUCUUCUUGAAGAUUAUUUACAUGCUUUUUUGCCAGUUGGAGAUAAUGUGACCUUUCCAUUUUCAUUUACUCCUACAUUACAACAUAAAUUUCCCCUUUCACAAUAUUCAGGAAAGGGAUUCAGCACAUCAGGCAUUCCCCACAGUCAUCAUUCUUCUUCACCUCCUUAUCAUCAUUCUCUUCUGAAACAGAGUCCAACAUUAUUAAAAAUAACAACUUCACCAAGUUCAUCUAAACCAAACCCUGGAACUGCUGUGGACAGUGAACAUUUUGAAAUUUGGAGAUCAGAAACAUUAGUUUUAGUACUAACUGAAUUUUGGUUGAAUCAUGGUUCAGUUGAAUCUUACAGAAGUUGUUUCAGUCCAAAUUUGGUAAAUGUUGAAGUGGAAGACAUUGCUGAAUUAGUGGAUUAUGCCAAUGGAGAGCUAACAAAUGAAGAUUUAAUAGAGUUAGAAGUGAUGCAGUAUUUGGAAGAGGAAGAAGACGAAAGAACUGAAGAAGUGAAAAAGAAAUUCACGAUAAUAAUUUUUUCUAUCAAAUUUAUAAAGCAUAUUUUAGUUCAUCCAUCAGAAGCUCUCUACUCUUGUCUUCUUGAAGAUUAUUUACAUGCUUUUUUGCCAGUUGGAGAUAAUGUGACCUUUCCAUUUUCAUUUACUCCUACAUUACAACAUAAAUUUCCCCUUUCACAAUAUUCAGGAAAGGGAUUCAGCACAUCAGGCAUUCCCCACAGUCAUCAUUCUUCUUCACCUCCUUAUCAUCAUUCUCUUCUGAAACAGAGUCCAACAUUAUUAAAAAUAACAACUUCACCAAGUUCAUCUAAACCAAACCCUGGAACUGCUGUGGACAGUGAACAUUUUGAAAUUUGGAGAUCAGAAACAUUAGUUUUAGUACUAACUGAAUUUUGGUUGAAUCAUGGUUCAGUUGAAUCUUACAGAAGUUGUUUCAGUCCAAAUUUGAUGACUGAUUCAGUAUCUUGGUCGGCAGAUACAACUACUCCUGUUUCAUCAUUAUUUGUUGAACAUCCUAUACCAUCUCAUGAUCAUAUGCAAAUGGUUAGAAAUUUCGUUAAAUAUCUUCAUUAUUUUGCUAACAGUGCUAGACCAAUUAAUUCAACUAGUGGAUAUGCUUAUGAACAAAUGAAUGGAAUGGAAAUAUUAAAAUGCACAGUUUUACAACAGUUUGUACAGAAAAGAUUGUACACAUUUCUUCGUCAUACGUUUGAUAAAUGGCCAUUGGAUGCAUCAUUUCGUUUGGUAAAUGUUGAAGUGGAAGACAUUGCUGAAUUAGUGGAUUAUGCCAAUGGAGAGCUAACAAAUGAAGUUUUAAUAGAGUUAGAAGUGAUGCAGUAUUUGGAAGAGGAAGAAGACGAAAGAACUGAAGAAGUGAAAAAGAAAUUCACGAUGACUGAUUCAGUAUCUUGGUCGGCAGAUACAACUACUCCUGUUUCAUCAUUAUUUGUUGAACAUCCUAUACCAUCUCAUGAUCAUAUGCAAAUGGUUAGAAAUUUCGUUAAAUAUCUUCAUUAUUUUGCUAACAGUGCUAGACCAAUUAAUUCAACUAGUGGAUAUGCUUAUGAACAAAUGAAUGGAAUGGAAAUAUUAAAAUGCACAGUUUUACAACAGUUUGUACAGAAAAGAUUGUACACAUUUCUUCGUCAUACGUUUGAUAAAUGGCCAUUGGAUGCAUCAUUUCGUUUGCCAUUAGAAACUUGGUUAAGCUAUAUUCAGCCUUGGAGAUAUACUAACUUAAGUGGUGACAAACAUUUGACUAAAGAAGAAGAACAAGGACAAACUCCUAAGGUGGCAAGAUGGCAAAAAUUUAUUUCAGAAAAUUUAUUAUUUUAUACAACAAUAUUUCAACAAUUAUUACCACGAUUUCUUCGUAUGGAAUUGACUUCUCCAAAAAAUGCUUACAUGUUGUUUCGUGUUACAAAGGUCUUCUCUCAACCAGGUUUAAGUUCAAUGAUUGAAGAAGUGGAAAGCACUUUGCAAGAACCUCUGUCACGUUUAACAUCAUCUCAGAAUUGGCCAAUCAUUACUGAAGUUCGUACUCCUUUACGUCCUGCUCGUGAUAUGACUGUUGCUGGAACACUACGACAACAGUUUUUAGAAAUAGAAGAACCAGGUUUUAAUUUUGUACCAUUAUUUGGAGAUGAAGUUCGCAAACAAAUUAAUUUGCUGUUAAUAUCAAUAAAUCAGGCAAAAGAUAAUUCAGCUAAAACAUUAGAUAAGAAUGGAGAAACAAAAAAAGGUUUAUUCUCUUAUUUUACUCAGUUAUUUUCAAUAUCUUAUGAUAUUGAAGGAAAUGAAGACUAUAGCCAAGCAGAUAAUAAAAAAUUAGAACAAUAUUUGAAGACCUCAAGUGAUCAGCUUUGUGCAAUAUUUAAACUUAAUACAUCAUUAAUUGGUAUUUUUGCAUUGCUAGAUAUUUUAGCAGCAUAUGUAGACCUGUUUCAAGUUGAAUGGUUAAGUCAAACGUGCACAAUUUCUGUUUUGGAAAGCACUUUGCAAGAACCUCUGUCACGUUUAACAUCAUCUCAGAAUUGGCCAAUCAUUACUGAAGUUCGUACUCCUUUACGUCCUGCUCGUGAUAUGACUGUUGCUGGAACACUACGACAACAGUUUUUAGAAAUAGAAGAACCAGGUUUUAAUUUUGUACCAUUAUUUGGAGAUGAAGUUCGCAAACAAAUUAAUUUGCUGUUAAUAUCAAUAAAUCAGGCAAAAGAUAAUUCAGCUAAAACAUUAGAUAAGAAUGGAGAAACAAAAAAAGGUUUAUUCUCUUAUUUUACUCAGUUAUUUUCAAUAUCUUAUGAUAUUGAAGGAAAUGAAGACUAUAGCCAAGCAGAUAAUAAAAAAUUAGAACAAUAUUUGAAGACCUCAAGUGAUCAGCUUUGUGCAAUAUUUAAAAUUCAUCCUCAGACUCUUUCUUCUCAACAUAUUCAAUCACAGUCAAAAGCUUUUGAGAAAGUUUCAACUAAUUUACCUCCAGAUACUAUUAUAGAAGAUGAGAAACCAAAAUUAACUGAUCUAGGUCGUUAUCAAAUAUUAAAUAAAUUAAGAAAAGUCAAAGUUUCUUAUCAAGGUCAUCCUGAUUUACAACCUAUUAGAAGUUAUGAAAUAACAUUUCUUGUAAGAUUACUAUGGCAUAUAUCUUUGUUUUUAAAUGAAAAGUUUGAAACAGAAUUUUCAGAAGCAUAUUAUCGCCCUGGAUUUUUUGGGAAAGUAAGCCGUCAAAUUUUAGCACCUCCAGCAGUUUAUUACGAGAUGAAGAAAACUGGACAAUAUUCUCAUCAAAUUUCACAUCAUCUUCCACCUCGAGUAAAUUUAAGAUGGCUUGCACACAAACAGACUGUGGGAUAUUUAUGUGCUUAUUUUUUGUUUGCUUUCAUGUAUGGAUAUGGAUCAUUUUCAGCCAUUUUAAUAUUAAUAUUUUUUAUUACAAUAGUUAUAGUGUUUAAAAGUUUGUUUACUAAUAUACAAGUUGUAUCACCUUCUACAAGAGAAACUGAAGUAGAAAAUCAAUCAUCAGUACAAGAAAAUCAGGAUGAAAGUACUUACAUAUUGCAAAAUAAAUAAACAUUAAAGCAA